UGCUUCUCAGCUCCAGUCCUGUCCAGCUCCAUUGAAAUCAUCAUUUUUUUCUCCUCCUGCGGAGAUUAAGGACAACUUCGUUUCCAAAUUUUAGCCGCGCAGAAUCUAAUGCCGACGAGAGCGGCCUUCCCAGCGGCGGUGCUGCUCCUCCUCUGCGCCGCCGCCGCCGCCUCCGCCGCCUUCAUCGACGGACUGUUGCCGAACGGCGACUUCGAGCUCGGGCCCAAGGCCUCGGACAUGAGGGGCACGGUGGUGGUCGGCCGCUACGCCGUCCCGAAGUGGGAGAUCUCGGGCUUCGUGGAGUACAUCAAGUCGGGGCAGAAGCAAGGGGACAUGCUCCUGGUGGUGCCCGCGGGCGCGUUCGCGGUGCGCCUCGGGAACGAGGCCUCCAUCAAGCAGCGGCUGCCGGUGGCGCGGGGGAUGUACUACUCCCUCACGUUCAGCGCGGCGCGGACGUGCGCCCAGGAGGAGAAGCUCAACGUGUCGGUGGCCCCCGACUGGGGCGUCCUGCCGAUGCAGACGCUCUACAGCAGCAACGGGUGGGACUCGUACGCCUGGGCGUUCCGGGCCGACCGGGACGUCGCCGAGAUCGUGAUCCACAACCCGGGCGUCGAGGAGGACCCGGCCUGCGGGCCCCUGAUCGACUCGGUCGCCAUCCGGGCCCUCUAUCCUCCAAAAGCAAGCAAUAGGAACUUGCUGAAGAAUGGGGAUUUCGAGGAAGGCCCCUACGUCUUCCCGAACACGUCGUGGGGCGUCCUGAUCCCUCCCAACAUCGAGGACGACCACUCCCCCUUGCCGGGCUGGAUGGUCGAGUCGCUGAAGGCGGUCAAGUACAUCGACUCGGGCCACUUCUCGGUCCCCGAAGGCAAGAGGGCCGUGGAGCUGGUGGCGGGGAAGGAGAGCGCCAUCGCGCAGGUGGCCCGGACCAUCCCCGGGAAGACGUACGUGCUCUCGUUCGCCGUCGGGGACGCGAGCAACUCCUGCGAGGGGUCCAUGGUCGUCGAGGCGUUCGCGGGCAAGGACACCGUCAAGGUCCCGUACGAGUCGAAGGGCAAGGGAGGGUACAAGCGCGCCGUGCUGCGGUUCAAGGCCGUGUCCGUUAGGACUCGGAUAAUGUUCUACAGCACGUUUUACACCAUGAGGAGCGACGACUUCUCUUCUCUCUGUGGCCCUGUUCUGGACGACGUGAAGCUGUUGAGCGUCCGGUUCCCGUGAUCGAUGGAGCAGUAUCGGCCCCAACAGGUCGGCUCGAACAUAUACUUAUCGAAAGAUUUGAUUAUCGAUUUAUGCGGUUGUUUUGGAGUGAAGAAGAGAGAUUUAGUUCUGUGUGGCUUUCGUUGAGCAAAUCAUCCAAGAAAUAAGAGCUAUACAAGGUAGGAAUGUCAAGAGUACUACUUGGCGAGUGUUUCUUUUAUGAGUGAUAAUGUACCUGGAGAAAGAAAAGAGUGAACGGUCAAUUAUGUUGCCAUCAGUUAUUGUGCCUUGAGGGAAAAGCUCACUUCUUGUUGGAGGAAAUUGCCAAUUUGACGUGGGACGUAUGUACUUAAACUACAGAGCUUUACUACUCCUAGUUUGACUGAAGUUCUGUA